AACUCCCAACCACGGACUCAAAUGAAGAACAAAAGAAGGUGACCACAGAAAAUCCUGUCGCGCAUCUGUUCCUGCUGAAUACCUCGAGUUGACAGCCAAGUAGGUCAAGAUUCUCGAGCAACGUGUCGCGCGACUCGGCAUCACCGGCCUAAAGGAGGAACAUUUCGUAUAUGCGAUCCAGUCGGAGCAUGCGCAAGGCGAUGUGGACAAGGCUUUUGAGUUGCUUCUGCUCCUGGAGGAUUCGAUUGAGGGGAUAAUCAGAGGCUAUACGCCAAGCACCAAACUUCGUGGCGCAGUGAAUCGCGAAGGCGUUACUUGCUACCUGGACGCUCUACUCUUUGCGAUGUUCGCCCGGCUUGAUUGCUUCGAAGCUAUUCUUUACAAAUCUUUCAACGAUGAGGCUCGCCGGAAACUUUCCAUCUUAUUAAGGCUCUGGGUCAACAUGCUGCGGUCCGGAAAGCUUAUCACCACCGAUCUUACAAAACACCUGCAAGAUGCACUCGCUGAAUGCGGUUGGCAAGAUGCAGCGAGACUACGACAACAGGACACGUCCGAGGCCUUCACGUUCAUCACGGAAAAACUAGAGCUUCCACUGCUGACACUCAAGAUGGACAUCUACCACACAGGAAAGGAGGAUGUGAGUGGUGAUCAUAAGUUCAUCAAUGAAAGAUUGCUAGAGGUCGCAAUUCCCGAACCCGUUGAUGGGGAGACAGUCACUUUGGAAGAUUGCUUGGAGUCUUACUUCAACAACCGGAUCGAGGUCAAGCGGUACUUGGAACGGCGCCACACGCUAGGCUCAACAAAAUCUCUGGAUUCUCUCUCCAAAGGCUGCACGACCCACGUCGAAGAGGUUGGCACGCCGCUGUCGCCCUCUUCCAGUCAGCCUCCUUCACCCCGGUGGGAUGAAACUCCACCAGUGAACUCGUUGACGGAAGUAAUCGAAUCCGACCCCCCUCCCUACCGUCGCAAUAGCAUCCUUCAAGAGCGUUUCAUACCAGACACGGACCAUGAGAACGAGAAGGACAGCGUGCUUACAUCUCAACGGAGGGGUUCCUAUCGCAAAGAAGUGAUGAUGCCUGCAUGGCAGUUUUUCAGCCUAAUACCGUGGUAUACAGACAACACACCGACCAGUGAUGCCCAAGUUGCCGCACAUUUCUCUUCUAAGCGUCCAAUUCUAGGCAUGUGCCUUAAACGCUAUUCUAUGCUACCCAAUGGCAAAGCAGUCCGACUUAACACAUUUGUUGAUAUUCCGACUGAGAUUGGGCUCCCCCAUUUCAUCAAGGAUGACAACAUGAAUGAGGAAGGCCCGAUCUAUGGAAAUUUCAAGCUCUCACUACAGGCGAUGGUGUGCCACCGUGGAACUUCAGUGGAUUCAGGACACUACAUAUCCAUUGUCAGGGGGACCAGUGCUGGAGCACCUCCAGCCAGCUCUCACGGAUCCGAGGAUGACACUUUCUCGGACACACCGAAGUACUGGAUGCGCUUUGAUGACUUAGCAAGCGAGCGAGUUACCUUGAUCGACAUUGAGCAGGCACUGAAAACCGAGUCGCCUUACCUUUUGUUCUACCAGAUCUUACCUAUCCAUGAAGAUGCAGCCGCGGUUAAUCUAGGCUACAAGCCGCCAUCGUCUGAAACGUCCAGGGACUCACGUGAGCUAGAGGCGGCUAGCAUCCCUAGAAAGUUACAGACACUGGCGCUGGAUGAUACAGCUAUCGAUGGGAUGGAGGGGCAUAGAUCCGGUCGGCCAAGUUUUGAGAUCACCAGCCCAGAUGGAGCAGACCCCACACCCGUGGAUCACAAUGGCAGGAAGCAAAGCGUGACAUUCUCUGAAGCCUUCGAAACUGGCCUCCAAAUGCAGUCUGUUCCAUCAACCUCGCCUAUGCUGACACCGAGAGACGACGAGGGCAGGAAUUCUUUCUCGUUUUCCCGACGAAGUUCCCGAGCAACAAGGAGCAAUCCUGGAAGUCGUACCGGGAGCCAAGCCAGUGAGAACAGAAUUAGCUUCAGUUUCUCGCGGUUUGCCGGUCGACUAAGCCGGGAUAAAUUCGCUGAGGGGGAAGAUGAAGACUUGACGGAGAACGAGCUUGCUCCGAACGACCGCCUACCACCGCCCAGUAUGGAGCGCAAGGACAGAAGCCCGAGGCGGACUCGGGAUUCCGAUCGAUAUCGGGACAAGCUCAAAGACAAGUCUCGCGAAAAGAUUGGACGGAAACUGGACCGGGAGUGUACAGUCAUGUGAUUAUGAAUCGGUUUGUAAUUGAUGCAUAGUUGAUGCACUUCAGCCUUGUUGCAUUUUUCACCACUGUCUUUGCUCUUGUUGUGCACCGAUUUCUCUGGCUUCGAAGGUUGCAUGGUCGGCAAGGUAGGAGGACAUCAACAUUUAGUGAUGUUGCAUGAUUUACGCGUUAUGAGGAAGUCUGAUAUUUGGAGAUGUGUUGGUGUUAGAUUAGACAGCAUACCCAAGCCACCGAAUAACGAAUAAUGGUAAUAGCCAUCGAGCCUCUAUAGCAUAUGGCGACGCAAGCUAAUGUCAUUAUGAUACAUAUGUGGAUCUGCCCACUCCCAUUCAUGAUUGUG